AUGGAGUGCAACAAAGAAGAGGGUCUAAGAGCCAAGGAAUUGGCUGAGAUGAAGAUGAAUAACAAGGAUUAUGCGGGAGCACGAACAAUGGUCAUUAAGGCCCAAAGACUAUUCCCAAGUAUAGAAAAUAUCAGUCAUAUGCUAACUGUAUGUCAAGUACACUGUUCUGCUGAGUGCAAAGUACUUGGGUCCUAUCCAGACUGGUAUGGCAUCCUUCAGAUUGAGCAAAAUGCUGACGAAGCAUCCAUUAAGAAACAGUUCAGAAAGCUCGCCCUCCAAUUUCAUCCUGAUAAGAACAAGUUUCCUGGUGCAGAAGCUGCCUUUAAAUUGAUCGAAGAAGCACAGAGGUUUCUUUGUGACCAGUCAAAACGGUCACAAUUUGAUAUGAAGCUUAAGACUAUGAGACAUGGUCAAUAG